GCACCGAGGAAAACAAUGGCGGCCGCCGCCACCUCCUCCCCGCCCGCGGCCUCCUUCCGCGCCGCGCCCCGCAGCGGCCGCGUGGCAUGCCGCCCGCCCGCGAGGGCGGCCGCGUCCGCGGCGACGACGUCCCCGGAGGCCGCGGCGCCCCUGAAGGCGGACCUCUCGCCCUUGGCGCCCGCGCCGCUGAUGCGGGUGGCGCCCGAGUCGCUGCAGGGCGCGAGCGGGUCGCUGGUGGGCGUGCCGCGCCGCGGGAACGGGGCCGGGGAGGAGGACGAGGAGGGGGGCGGCGGCCUCGACGGGCCCGGCGCCAUGGAGUACCUCACGGGCGUGCUCGCCUCCAAGGUCUACGACGUGGCCGUCGAGACCCCGCUCGAGCGCGCCGCCAAGCUCUCCGACCGCCUCGGGGUCAGCCUCCACAUCAAGCGCGAGGACCUGCAGCCGGUAUUUUCAUUCAAGUUGAGAGGUGCAUAUAAUAUGAUGGCAAAGCUCUCCCAAGAGCAGUUGAACAAUGGUGUUAUCUGCUCCUCUGCUGGAAACCAUGCUCAAGGAGUUGCUCUUUCUGCCCGGAAACUGGGCUGUGAUGCCGUUAUUGUCAUGCCUGUGACAACACCAGAAAUCAAGUGGCGAUCAGUGGAGAGAUUGGGUGCGACAGUCGUUCUGAUGGGAGACUCAUAUGACGAAGCUCAAUCAUAUGCAAAAUUACGGUGUGAACAGGAAGGCCGAACAUUCAUACCUCCUUUUGACCAUCCUGACAUCAUUGCUGGACAAGGAACUGUUGGCAUGGAAAUUGUUCGCCAAUUGCAAGGUCCAUUACAUGCAAUAUUUGUACCUGUGGGAGGUGGUGGAUUAAUUGCUGGCAUUGCUGCCUAUGUGAAACGGGUCCGCCCUGAGGUCAAAAUAAUUGGAGUAGAGCCCUCAGAUGCAAAUGCCAUGGCAUUGUCCUUGUGUCAUGGCCAGAGGGUCGUGUUGGAACACGUUGGAGGGUUUGCUGAUGGUGUAGCUGUCAAAGUUGUAGGGGAGGAGACAUUUCGCUUAUGUCAAGAACUUGUAGAUGGCAUUGUCCUGGUCAGCCGAGAUGCUAUUUGUGCUUCAAUAAAGGAUAUGUUUGAGGAGAACAGGAAUAUCCUUGAACCUGCUGGGGCCCUUGCCUUAGCAGGGGCUGAAGCUUACUGCAAAUACUAUGGUUUGAAAGGGGAAACUGUGGUUGCAAUAAGUAGUGGUGCAAAUAUGAACUUUGAUAGACUUAGAUUAGUAACUGAGCUUGCUGAUGUUGGUCGAAAACGAGAAGCGGUAUUAGCUACAUUUUUGCCAGAGGAGCAGGGAAGCUUCAAAAAGUUUGCGGAACUUGUUGGCCGGAUGAAUAUUACUGAAUUCAAAUACAGAUAUGAUUCUCAUGGAAAAGAAGCCCUUGUCCUUUACAGUGUUGGCAUCUAUACUGAUCAUGAGCUUAAAGCAAUGGUGGAACGCAUGGAAUCGUCAGAACUUAAGACUGUGAACCUUACUGACAACGAUCUCGCAAAGGACCACCUAAGAUACUUUAUUGGAGGCAGGUCAGAAGUAAAAGACGAACUUGUUUACCGGUUUAUUUUCCCAGAAAGGCCAGGUGCUCUUAUGAAUUUUUUGGAUACAUUGAGCCCCCGAUGGAAUAUCAGCCUUUUCCAUUACCGUGCGCAGGGCGAAACCGGAGCAAACGUGUUAGUUGGCAUACAAGUGCCGCCGGAGGAAGUUAAUGAAUUCAGGAGUCGUGCCGACAAUCUUGGGUAUGAAUACAUGUCUGAGAUGAACAACGAGAUCUAUCAUCUCCUUUUGCGCAGCCCCAAUAAGGUCUGAUCUCUGGUGCGGCUGACUCUCACCAAUCCAACCAAUGGUUAGUGUGGCUUACCAAGGAAGGCCCAACGCUAGGUAGGAUUGUUAGCGUGGCUUGCUCUCUCAUGUUGGAAUAAAACCCUUGUCAUACCUGUCUGCGUAGAAUUGUUAGUGUGCCAUUUGUCGACAAGUUAUUUGUUGUAGUAAUGUGUGGUGUAUUUGCUCUGCGCUUGCGGGGCCAAAUCUCUCGUUUUGUAAGCUUGUGAGGCACCAAGAAUUCAUGAAUAAUAAUAAUGAUAGAGAUGAUGCGAUCCAA